UUUCACCUUGAUUUAAUGCAUUAUUUUCCGUCUAGAUAUGGUCUUAUAUUGCCGGGGCAGAAGAAGGCGCCCGUCAAACCGCCACAGCCUACGAAGCCGGCCAUUUUUGACGAGAGCAGUGGAUCCGAAAGUGAGGGCGACAAGAACGCACCACAGAUGCGCUCCAAGGGUACUGCCGGGGUCUCCAGCGGCCCGAGUCUGAUGGAGCGACGAGUGGCCCGCAAGCUGCACGAAAAGGCACUGGAGGAGGAUCCCACCAUCUUCCAGUACGACGAGCUGUACGACGAAAUGGACAAAGGGCGCGAGGAGGAGAAGCAGACCAAAAGCAAGGAGCCCCGCAAGCCAAAGUACAUCAACAAGCUGAUGGAGCACGCCGAGCGGCGGAAGCUGGAGAAGGAGCUGCGCAUCGAGCGGCAAGUCCAAAAAGACCGCGAUGCCGAGGGCGAGAAGUUCAAGGAUAAGGACACCUACGUAACGGCUGCCUACCGCAAGAAGCUCGAGUCCAUUCGUCUGCUACAGGAGCAGGAGCAGCGUGACGAUUACCUCGAGGCUAUUGGCGACGUCACCAAGCAGAAGGACCUGGACGGCUUCUACAGGCAUCUCUACGAGCAGAAGCUAGGCACAGCCGCGGAAGUGGUCAAGCCCAAGACCGCUCCCUCCACGGAGGAGGUUUCCUACAAGCCCAUUAAGCCUGAUGCACCCAAGCAUAGAAGCUACCGGCAGCGCCGCUCCUCCGAGGGCGAGGAACCCGAGCCUCCAGCGAAGUCGGACUCCACGGCCACUGCUUCCAAUGAAAAAACAAAGCCUGUCCAAGCUCACCUGACCAACAACAUAGACGCCGACUCCGAUUUCAGCAUAGACGAGUCUAGUGAUGAAGAAGAGGAGAAGGAGCAGAAGGAAGAGAAAAAGGAGCCGGAGCAGGCCAAGAAAUCAAAGGAAAAGGAAAAGAAGAAGAAGGAUCCUAGCAAGAAGUCUGAGAAGAAGCGUCAGCCGGAAAAGGAAGCCAGUCCAGAUAAAGAGAGCCUGGAACCCAAAAAAGAAUCCGAUUCAGAAAACGAAGAGGAGGCUGCCAAGGAUCUGCCCGUUCCCAUUGUGACCAAGCCACCGGUGGACCGGACACUUAUCUGGCGCAAAAGGACCGUGGGCGAGGUGUUCGAGGCGGCCGUGGCCCGCUACCAGGAACGGAAACGCGCCCGUCAGGGCUAAAUGAAAACUUUAAGUGGGCAGUACGGGAGGGGGCGGGGCAAAAAAAAACAAACAUUUGAUUCUGUAUUGUGGGCUUAUUAUGCUAAUUUCAAUUUGUCACCGCCUCAUAAAUAAUGUAUGUGUAUGCCGGCGCACGGGCAACCCUUUCUGGUGCAAAUAUUUUGCAUAAGCUGCAGCUGCAACUUCCCGGCCAUCCCUCCCAACUGCCAACUCCCAACCGGGGCAUCACCUAGGAAAAAAAAGGACACAGUGCCACGAGCCAUGACGGAUGGAACCGCAACAUUUAAAAGUGGCAAAGCGAGAGACUGGAGAGCCAUGGAGGGAUGAGCAAGUGCCAAGAGAAGAAAGUACGCGAAAAUAUUCCAUUUAUUUUGUAUGACGGCGACACGACGACGACAACUAAAAGAGCCAAAAAAAGAAAAGAAAAACUAAUAAAAAAUAAAAAAAAAAGGGUAGAAUAAAAUACGGACUUGGCUUAGACAAACGAAGCGAAGCAGAUACCCUGGCUGGCAGAUAGUCGAAUGUAGUUACAUCCUAAAGUCAUUGAACUCACUGAUUUAUAAUUGAAAAGGAUAUCAGUUGGAAUUUAAAAUGUAAAAUGACUAAAUA